ACACUCGCGCUUAUCGCGGCGAGCGCCGGUCGUUUGUCACGUAACCUUCCCGCUCUCCAUACGCAGCCUUAAUCUCCCAUCGGAUUUAUUAUACACGAUAGUGUUGUAUAUUAUUGAGUGAUGUGUGAAAUUGGAUUGGAGGUGUGUUGUGGAAACAUUGUAUUCGUAUAAGUUUGAAAAUAGAGUUUGGGGGAAAGUGUUUUUGGUAUUGUUUGUGGUAUCGUGGACGGAACCGGCGGCGGGCGGGCUGCUCGUAGUGGCGGGUCGGUGGAUGGUGCGGCGCGGGCGGGCGCCGGGGCGCGGCCGGCGGCGCCGCUAGCAAAAUGUCGAUACCCCUGAGCCGGGACACUGUGCUCCCCACGCAGUGCAUGGCGCGCGCUCUGUACGAUAAUAUCGCCGAAUCACCGGACGAGCUGGCGUUCCGGCGAGGCGAUCUGCUCACUGUUCUUGAGCAGAACACUGGUGGCAGCGAAGGGUGGUGGCUAUGCUCGCUGAGAGGACGACAGGGAAUAUGCCCCGGGAACAGGCUACGGAUAGUAGCGGGCGUGUUCGACGCUGGCGCAGCGAUGCAGAGACGGCGCGCACGGCCGCCUGCACCAGUCUCACAUCAGCCGCUUCCCGCACAACCAUCGCCUGCCUUUACUAAGAUUGAGGAAUGUUCACAUUACGACGUGCCCCGAGCGCCUAUGCCAGUGAAUCGUUUAGGAACGUACGACUGUCCUCGACCGUUGACGGAUUGGUACGACGCACCGCGCGCGCCUCGUCCAGCGAGCGCUGACUCCGCUUGCAGCGGUACUGGCAGUCUAGCCUCUGCUACUUCAAGUGCGUCAGCCAACUCCGGAAGCUCAAUACAUUCUGCUACGUCCAGCACGUACGAUGUACCGCGGUCACGUGCUCUACCUCUACCGUGUGACGCGGCGCUAGAGGCGCUAGAAAGACUACAAGAGGAGGCUUCAGCGGCAGUAUCCAGGUUGUUGUCAUACGUGACACCAGGUUGGCGACGGCGAGGCGCGUUGCGGGCGCGCGUUCUAGACGUGCGCGUGGCAGGGGCGCGGUUAAGAGCCGCGUUACACGACCUCGCAGUUUUCGCCGAUGCCACGCUGGCCAACGCGCACGAUGCGCAAGACAAAGGUAUCGCAGUAAAAUUAAGGCCACUAGUGAAAGCGUUGAAAGACGCUGAACGUAUAACGCAUGAGGCGACGAGCGCGCUGGACGCAGGCGACUGGGCGCCGGAACGCCUGGAGAGAGACCGGGAGCCGACGGACGGGACGCAGGACGCGCUCGACCAACUGGUGGCGUGUGCGAGAUCAUUAACAGAAGACGUGCGAAGAGCUGCUUCAUUUAUUAACGGGAAUGCAUCGCUGCUGUUUAGAAGAUCGGCGACGAUCUCAGCACCGGAACAUGAAUGGACGGAGGAAUACGAUUAUGUGCGAUUAGAGUCACGAUCCGCAGUAGGCCGACGUCAUGCUGAAAUCCGUGCAGCGUUACCGGACAAGUUGAGAGCUUCGUUCGACGCUCUAGUGAGAGACGCAGACCACGCGGGCGAGGUGAGCGCGGUAGCGGCUGCAACGCAACUGCCGGCUGACGAUCGACAGUUGGCGGCAUUCUACGCGGCACAGACGGCGACGUACGGCGCACACCUCGCGACCGCGCUAGAAGCAUUCUUACGCACCGUCGAGAUGGGCCAGCCGCCUGAUGUGUUCCUAGCGCACGGCAAGUUUGUCGUGCUUAGCGCGCAUCGGAUCGUGCACGUCGGCGACACAGUGCAUAGGAGCGCCCAACACGCAAGUCUCAAAUCAAGAGCACUGCGAUGUUCCGACGCGCUAUCGGACGCGUUGGCCGCGACGGUCGCCAAAACUAAAGCGGCCGCGCAACAGUUCCCGUGCGCGAGCGCAGUCGCAGAAAUGGCGGAAGCAGCGAAAGUUCUAGCGGCCCGCGCCCAGGACCUGAGAAGAGUGCUAGUGAGGGCCGCAGAUCCACCCCUGGCGCAUCCAGAUACCCCUCUCACUCCCGCCACAGCGGUACCCCCCUCCGCGCCCACUACUCCCCUCACACCACUCACUCCCCACAGCGGCAGUGGCAUACCUUCACUAGCCACUCUGCAGAUAUAAAUAAAAUAACUCUUGAGGAUGUCCUGAAAAUACACUGCCGAUGGAAUCCAAUACAACGAGUGAUGUCACGUUCCAAUACGGCUUGAGAUUCCUAAAGGGACGUUUCGAAAAGCGUGACCGAAUGACACGAAAGUUUUUUUACUCGUGUCUUUUCUGGCGAAUUGCGCUGCAGGCGGCGAGAUGAAGAUAUGAUAUAUGAUGGACUAUUGAACGUUGUUUAGAUUUUUGUGACGUAAAGAGAUGUCAUGACGGCUCUCAGGCUUAUCGCUCGCAAGUGAAUUUAUUAAAGCAGAGCCGUACGCUUCAAUACCAAAGAAAUUGUUGACAUAGGACGUACAAUAUAGAAAAACGUAUACUGCCAACGCGAUGACAAAUAACAGAGUUUCUAAUUUAGGUUUAGCAUAAUACUUUAAAAAAGGAAGGCUGCCAUUACUUAAGUUCUUUUGUUACUUUAUAACAGGAUUUGUAACAAUUUAGAGAGUUGGAUGCUCAUUUGCCGUAGUGAGUUGAGUUGUCCGUCCAAUUUUAUACAAUUUUGCAACAAUAUCGUUACUAAUGUAGAAUGUGUAUGUGAAUGAUAACGUGCGACUUUAUGUUGUCGAUACGAAGUAGCAAUUUGUUUAUUUAAAACAUGCUACUUGAUUCGUAAGACAACGUGGGAAGCAUGUUCUGUUAAAAUUAAGUAGUGCUUAGUAACGCAUUUCUGUCGAUUGACCGAUUGUGCAGAGAGUAACAUCUUUCUAUUUCCGAUUAAGUAAAAUUUGAUUUUGAAAAAUGCCCAUUUACAGGCAACUAAUGCGCAGGCGCAUUUACACUGAUAAAAUAUAUUACAAAUUAAUGUACAUUAAAUAUUGAUUCGAAACAACCGCAGAACAGUUUAUAGUUUAUUAUCGGUAAUAGAAUGGAUAAAAUGGCUCAUAAUGUUACUAUUUAAUCUAAGAAGUUUCAAUGUCUUCAAUUUAGUACUAAAUGUUUAAAAUGCCAGUGCAAUUUAUGUAUAGCUUGUAAAGAAAACUAUCAACACAAUUCGGACCACAGAACAUCGAAACGACAUUACAAUGUAAUGUGGCAAAGUUCCUCACAUUUCUGCGACACGUGAUAAGUACUUACGAACUUCUUGAAAUAUUGAUUCCUACUUAGACCAUAAUAUAAUACGUCACAGCUUCUUCCAUUAGUUACUUAAGUAUUACAUUCAAGGAUUUGAUGGCUAAUAAUUUUCAAUAAUCGAGGGCUGUGGCGCGGAUAUGUCAAUGUCAGAUAAAUAGAAUGACACGACUGACUUUAACCGUUGGACAUGCUCAAUUAAUCUAAAAUUUGUUUUAAAAAUAUUUUUUCAAUAAUACAUAUGGCUUGUCUUAACAUUUAUUGAUUACAAUAGCAUUGUACGUACCUACAUUUUGUACUUUUUAAAAUAUCGAGUAGAUAGAUGUAGGAUAUUAUAUCUGUGUAAAAAACAUGUUGUAUAUUAUAUAGUGUUGUGUAAUAUAUUUCAUAGACAUCGUAGUUUAGUUAGGUAUAGAUGAAAUUGUACAAAUGCAUAUUAAAAAAUAAUAAUUUUUAUUGAAUUAAUUGUAAUUUAAUCAUCUUGUAAAACGCAAUCAAGUAAAAUAUACAAAUUUUCGUAUCU